CCGCCUUGUGUUGUUCGGCACGGAAUACCUUUCUUCCCCGACCAUCUCCGCUUCGUCGCUCGUCCCCUCCAAACCGCGUGCUCCCUCCCAAGUCCCACCGAUCGAUCGCCGCCGACUCUUCCUCCUCCACCACCACCACCACCCGCGCGGGACGCCGAUGGAGUACGACUUCCGCGGCCGGCCUGGCUCUGGCUCCGGCUCCUACGCCGGUAGCAGCGGCGGUGGCUCGUCCCUCUACCCACGCGUCGGCCAGCCCUCCCACGGCGGCGGCAGCGCCCCACUGCAGCGUCCUGCUCCGUACCUCCACCCGUCCGCAGUCGCCUCCCCAGCUCCCAACGCCCCGGCUCCCGCUUCCUCCUCCUCCACAUCGAUGGGCAUACAGGUUGUCAUAAAGCCAGAAUAUCGGAUAACCCCUCCACCUCAAUUGACACCACAGAUGGUAGAAGUUUCCCGCAGUACAUUUAACUUUGAUUUUGAGUAUGAAAGAAAGAUUCUUGCUGAGGCAGAGAAGGAGAACCCCAACUGGAGUAAGUUUGUGGUAGAAAGGCAGACACCACCACCACCGCAACCACAGCCGCCAAGAGGGCCAAGACACACAACCUCGACUACUUCUAUGGGAAUGCAGGCAACACCAGGGGAUCCAGUCGUGCAAAAGUAUAUCUCCAUGGGUCUAGGACGUGAAGCUGUAUCAUUUGCUGUGUUGAAUUAUGGAGAUAAUCCAACAAAGGUGAAGGAGUUUGUGAAAUCCUACAACGCUCUCCACGAAAUGGGCUUCACUUCCUCCAAUGUCCCUGAGCUGUUGGCAAUGCACGACAAUGACCCCGACAAAGUUAUCCAGCACUUGCUCAGCACACCAUAGUCCAGACUCUGGAAGCUAGUCGCUACUCCAUGUGUGAACUCCCCUACCCGGAUACACCGAAUAUGUACAGGUACCAUCCUAUGCUUCUGGCCAGCAUGUACCCCCCAACUUGUAAUUGGGUCCUGGUUUUGUGUGUCAACUGCUAGUCGUAUCGAACCGAUGACCACAGUAUGUGAUUCUGGAUAUGUGUAUGUUUUGUGAAGAUAUCCUGCGAGACUUGACUCCAUGAGUUUAUCAGUUACCCCUACCUA